CAGUCGCUGUGGGUCGUUGCCAACGGCGCCCCGAGCGCGCGCGACGACGAUGUGCGGUCCGUGGAGGGGCUGACGCGGGCUAGGGGGCGGUGGCUGCUGUACCCCGAGAAGAAGACCGCUGGCAUGCCUGGGCUGCUGCCGCUGUGCGCGGGGAUGCCGGUGCAGUUCGCGGACGCGGUUAACUUCGAGUUCGGCGCGUGCAAGCGGGCGGCGGGCGUCGUGCAUGGGCGGGCGUUGUGCGAGGCCGACGCGAGGAUGGUGCGCGAAGUCCAUGCGGAGGCAGAAGUCGUCCUGAGGGAGGUGCCCGUGGCUAUGCGCGUGAAGUUGCACGGUCAAGCAAAGGUAUUCUCGCCGGGCCUGCCGCUGGGCGUCUUCCCGUUGAAACCGAAGACGAUGUCUUGGGGCAGGGGCGCGGGGGGCGGCGCGGCGGUGAAGCGCGCGGGGUUCACAGCGGCUCCUCAUUUCGCAUCGACGGCGCACGCAGUGACGGGGGCGACGCCCCCGACCGCCGUCGUUGACCUCCUGGGCGUGGCGCGGGCGCCGCGAGCAGACGACGUGCCGCCGAGCUACGUGGCCCUUAGCCGAGUUCGCACAGCGGAUGACAUUCUCAUCGCGCAGGCUCUCCCCCCAGCGCUGUUCCGCAUGGGGCACCAGCGCGGCCCGUGGUUGCUUAGUUCGAUCGUCGAUGGCUCGGUGACGAUCGAAGAUGCAGAGGCUAAGUGGGCAGAGAAGACAGCGCCGACGAGGAAGCGUCUCCUGGAGCUCGCGCUUCCGUGCGCGGCGUGCCGACAGAGCAAGGCGCUGGAGAGGUUCUGGGUGCCCGAGUGCAGCGCGUUGCCCCCCGCUGGGGCAUGCGAAGGUGCCGCGGACGUGCAGAGGCCGGACCCUCUGGCCAGCGAGCUCCGUUGUUUUGAAUGCGGCAGAGCCAGGCGCGUCUCCGAGUACGACAAGAAGAUGUUGGGGCAGUUGCGCUCAGAUGACGCCCUCGAGAGAGCGGCGUGCCCGGCGUGUCGCCCCGCGCAGCUGCGCCGGCCACCGUCGAAGAUAUGCGCGUAG